CGGGCGACGAAGCAUCUCUCUCUCCGACACGGCAAAGCACAAUUCAGACCAGAACUGAAGCUUUGAGAAAUUCAUUGUAAUGGGAGUUGUGUUUAUUUCAAGUUCACCUGCAAGAUCACCUCUCGGACUAAACACUGAUCUUCUGACACAUCGGUCCUCACUCAAAAAGCCAUCCAUUGUCGCCUUUAAAGCAGAUGAUUCCACAAACUCAUCUUACAUCAUUCCUCGUGAACAACUUUCUGAGAAGAGAGUAGUCACGAGGAGAAAGCCCUGUAAAGACAUCAAAACACCAAAAUCUUUAGAUCGUCAACACGUGGCUCCUCCUUCGUGUCCGUUAUAUUACAACGAAGCUGCUGCAAGACUAGAAAGCAUUUACAAGCUUAGUCCUCCUCCUGCAACAACCCUCGAGGAAGAAGAUGGUAUCGAAGUCUCCAAAGUGAAAGUUUCACGGAGGAGGAGGAAGAGGAAUGAGAGUGUGGAAGAGAAGAAAGUGGUCGUGAGGAACAAUGGGGAGAAGGAAAAGAGACUGACUCUUGAUAAACGGAUAGCUUUGAAGAGAAACGUUCAAGAGAAACCAGUAAACGCUUCUGCUGGGGUGAAAGUAACGAAGAAGCAGCAAGAGGAGGAUAAGAUCGAGAGGCUUGUGAGAGAGUAUUCAGCUUCUAAUGAUAUAGUCAGCUUGGAUUGGAAAAAGAUGAAGAUUCCUCCUGUUGUUUCUUCUACUGAACAUACUUGGUUGUUUAAAUUGAUGCAACCUAUGAUGGCGCUCCUUCAAGUGAAAGAUGAACUGCAAAAGAGCAUGGGAAGAGAGCCGAGAGAAGCUGAGAUAGCUGGAGAGAUCAAUAUGAGCGUGGCUGAAGUGAAAAGGAAAAUCGAAAUUGGUAGAGCUGCAAGAAACAAACUUAUUAAGCACAAUCUCCGCCUUGUAUUGUUUGUUAUGAACAAAUAUUUUCAAGAUUUAACCAACGGACCAAAGUUCCAAGACCUGUGUCAAGCCGGUAUGAGAGGGCUUAUCACAGCCAUUGACCGGUUCGAGCCUAAAAGGAAGCUCCGUCUCUCAACAUAUGGUUUGUUUUGGAUCAGACAUGCCAUCAUACGGUCCAUGACAACCUCAAACUUUACUCGUGUCCCUUUUGGACUUGAAUCGGUACGAGUGGAGAUCUACAAAGCAAAGAUGGAGCUAUUGUUUGAAUUUGGAAGACUCCCUACAGAGGAAGAAGUAGUCAAGAGACUCAAGAUAUCACCUGAGAGAUACCGUGAAGUAUUGAGAGCAGCAAAACCGGUUUUCUCACUAAACUCAAAACAUUCGGUUACGCAAGAAGAGUUCAUCAAGGGAAUCACGGAUGUUGAUGGUGUAGGAGCUGAUAACCGGAGACAACUCGCUCUUCUCAGGCUAGCUCUCGAUGACGUGCUUGAUUCAUUGAAGCCAAAAGAGAGUUUGGUUGUUAGACAACGAUACGGUCUCGAUGGGAAAGGAGACAGGACAUUAGGAGAGAUAGCUGGGAAUCUCAACAUCUCUAGAGAAAUGGUGAGGAAACAUGAAGUCAAGGCUUUGAUGAAGCUUAAGCAUCAGGCUCGAGUUGAUUACCUCCGUCAGUACAUUAUCUGAUAACCAAAGCAAAGCAAACCGAACCGAACCAAACCAAACCAUUUGAGCAAUCUUAUUAAGUUGGUAUAGUUUGCGUUAUAUGAUAUCAGAGUUACUUAUAGGCUUAUAGCUUAGGUAAAUUUGAUCAGUGAAUAAUAGUCAUUGUAUUAUAUCAUUAUACUAAACCGAUACCGAGAAGUUAUACAUGUAAAGUUUGAGACCUGGUAUACAAUGUU